ACAGGCACACUGAUUUCCAUCCUAGUUAUUUUUGGCAAGAAAAUUUCUGUUCUUUCAUUUUUCUGAUCCUAUGUAAGAAUGACUCAAAAGUGCGAGACCACCGGCUGCGGCAAGGAUGCGACCCUCCAGUGCCCCACCUGCCUGAAGCUGGGCAUCAAGGGCUCCUUUUUCUGCUCGCAGCCGUGCUUCAAGGGAUUCUGGAAGGAGCACAAGGCGAUCCACGCCCUGGCAGCCGGCGGUGCCAAGCCCGCGGGGGACGAUGGCGUCUACAAUCCGUGGCCGAACUUCCGCUUCACCGGCAAACUGCGUCCCUUCCAACAGACUCCCAAACGUGCUGUGCCGGAGGCCAUCCAGCGCCCGGACUAUGCCGACCACCCAGACGGACGCUCGCUCUCCGAGGAGGCCUUGCGCGGCACCAAAAUCAAGGUGCUGGACGACGAGGAGAUCGAGGGAAUGCGCGUGGCUGGACGACUGGGCAGAGAGUGCCUGGAUGAGGGCGCCAAGGGCGUGGAGGUGGGCACCACCACCGACGAACUGGACCGCCUGGUCCACGAGGCGGCCAUUGAGCGUGACUGCUAUCCGUCGCCGCUCAACUACUACAACUUCCCCAAGUCGUGCUGCACCUCGGUGAACGAGGUAAUCUGCCACGGCAUCCCGGACCAGCGACCGCUGCAGGAUGGCGAUCUGUGCAACAUCGAUGUGACCGUGUACCAUCGCGGCUUCCACGGCGAUCUCAACGAGACCUUCUUCGUGGGCAAUGUGUCCGAGAAGCACAAGAAACUGGUGCAGGUCACCCACGAGGCUCUGAGCAAGGCCAUUGAGUUUGUGCGUCCCGGAGAGAAGUACCGCGACAUCGGCAACGUGAUCCAGAAGUAUGUGGCUCCCCAUGGAUUCAGUGUGGUGCGCAGCUACUGCGGCCACGGCAUCCAUCGCGUUUUCCACACGGCUCCCAAUGUGCCUCACUAUGCCAAAAACUCGGCUGUGGGUGUGAUGGCCCCGGGUCACUGCUUCACCAUCGAGCCCAUGAUCUCCAUUGGCGUGCAGAAGGCCGAGACCUGGCCCGAUGACUGGACAGCGGUCACCGCCGACGGUCUGUACUCCGCUCAGUUCGAGCAGACACUUCUAGUCAACGAGACGGGCUGUGAGAUUCUCACGAAGCGCCGGGAGAACAACGGCCAGCCGUGGUUCAUGGACAAGAUGUGAGCCCACCACUGCCAGCUUGGGUUACAACGUAGAUUCUAAGGCUUAUGACUCGGUUAUCUGGUUAUGAUCAAGCUUUAAUUUGUAAUUUUACAAUAAAAUCUAGGUUUUAAUCCCAA